UGUCCAAAACAGAAUAUAAUAUUGCAUGGAACAAUAAAAAAUUAUAGAUACAUUGGAGACGUAUCACCGUUGCAGCUCCAGGCGCCACCUCUGCCCAGCUCCGACCUGCUGUCGCCUGCAUCGGCCGGACUGCUGAUACACCAGGUCCGGUUUCCACCCUCCCCGUUGACACUACCGGCUUGGGCGGCCGGGUCUUCGCCAUCACCGGUCUACACCACGACUCCGGAACAGCCGACUCCGUCCCUGCAGUUCGGCGGACCAUCCGGCUCCGCGGCCCCCUGCCCGGGGUACUGCGACCAGGCGCCGCCAACCUCGCUGCUCCGCACCACCGAGCCCAUCGGACGCGGCGCCCCGACCCAGACACCGCCGCGGUUCGCCAAAAUCGACUCCGCCACUUAUGACGGCACGAAGGACCCCCUCAACUGGCUCAACCAGUGCGACCUGUUCUUUCGCGGGCAGUGCACCCUCGCAUCGGAGCGUACCUGGCUCGCCUCUUACCACCUUCGCGGCGUGGCGCAGACCUGGUACUACGCCCUCGAGCAGGACGAGGGCGGCAUGCCCCCUUGGGAGCGCUUCCGCGAGUUCUGCCUCCUUCAUUUUGGGCCUCCGACUCGCGGGAGCCGCCUGGCAGAGCUAGGCCGCAUGCCCUUCACCUCCACAGUGCAGGACUUCGCCGACCGUUUCCAGGCCCUGGCGUGCCACGCGUCGGGCGUGACGGCACAACAGCGCGCCGACCUCUUCGUCGGUGGACUGCCGAAUCACAUCCGCGUGGACGUGGAGCUUCGGGGACCCCAGGAUCUCCAGACGGCCAUGUAUUACGCCCGCGCCUUCGAGUGUCGCGCCCAGGCCAUGCAGCAGGCAGCCCCGGCUCGAGGAGGCCGAUAGGCCGCCAG